ACUUGAGCUGAAGCUGCGGUUAUAGAGAUGCUUAUAAAGACCCGAAAGUCGAUUACUUGAAGGAGAAGAAGAAGCAAAUUAAAGUAUCCACAUAUUACAAUGGCUUUUCUCUCCCCAAAAAUUCUUCCUUCAUCUUCAUCUUCAUCUGUCAGAGUUUCUGUGAUUAUCUUAUUUAUAUUGCUCUCCCAUAAUGUUGCUGCUAUAACACUACCCAAAAAUGGAACAACUCCAGCGGUGUUUGCUUUUGGAGAUUCAAUAUUGGAUACUGGCAAUAACGAUUACAUCAUUUCUAUGACCAAAAGCAAUUUCCCACCUUAUGGGAGAGACUUUAUGGGAGGAAUGCCUACAGGAAGGUUUAGCAAUGGAAGAGUCCCCUCAGACUUCGUUGCUGAAGAAUUAGGAGUGAAGAAGAUGUUGCCGGCUUAUCUGGAUCCGAAUUUGCAGCUUCAAGACCUACUUACUGGUGUAUGUUUUGCCUCAGGAGGUUCAGGAUUUGACCCUCUCACUCCCAAAUUACAGUCUGGGUUUUCAUUAUCAGAUCAAUUAGACUUCUUCAAAGAAUACAAAAGGAGGAUAACUACCGCAGUUGGGGAGGAAAGAACAGCCACUAUAAUAUCAAAAAGUGUAUACGUUGUCUCCGUUGGAAGCAAUGACAUUGCAAAUACUUAUUUCUCUACACCACUGAGGAGCUCUCACUAUGACAUUCCAGCUUAUACAGAUCUCCUGCUCGAAUCAGCAAUAAAUUUUGUUCAGGAACUUUAUGCACUGGGAGCAAGAGUCAUUGGAGUAUUCAAUUUUCCACCACUUGGGUGCUUGCCAUCACAGAGAACACUGCAUGGAGGCAUAGUGAGGGCGUGCUACGAGGCCGAGAACCAAGCAGCAAUCCUCUUCAACUCUAAGCUCUCCCCCCAAAUAGAUUCCCUCAAUAAGAGACUUCCAGAAGCAGAUGUCAUUUACCUUGAUAUCUAUACCCCUUUGCUUUCCGUGAUCCAAAACCCUGCUCAAUAUGGAUUUGAAGUGGUGGAUAAAGGAUGCUGUGGAACAGGAUAUAUUGAGGCUGGUCCUUCGUGUAACAAAGACUCCCCAGGUACUUGCAGUGACCCGUCAAAGUACCUAUUCUGGGAUGCUUACCAUCCCACGGAGACAGGAUACAGGUUCCUCACCUCUAUGAUUUCCGAACAAUCAUUAUAACAAAUUCUUCUGAGCAAGUUAAAUGUACUCCUCAGAUUGCUUAUUUUUAAUAAUUGAGUUGGUUGGUUGUGUUCAUUCAAGUGUUUGACCGAGACAACAGAAAGAAAUUAUCUACAAGACAUCUAUCUAGCUAUUCUCUUUUUA